AUGAACCAAAACACUUCGGUAUUGACAUAUCUCAAGCUUGCAAGUCCACUGAUCUUCAAGACCUCCUUAGCUCAGAUAUCCUCCAACAAAUUGGCUUUUCGCUUCUUUGGGCCAUUUCUUAUAAUUGAGAAGAUCGGUCAGUCUGCAUAUCGUCUGCAACUUCCACCUUAUUGUCUUAUACAUCCAGUGUUUCGUGUAUCCCAAUUAAAGAAGGCGGUUCCAUCUACUACAGUCGUUCCGCAAGCAAUCCUGGAUCGCCGGCUUCGUCAGCAAAAUGACACAAUGAUUACUCAAGUCUUGGUAUGCUGCUACCAUUUGAGAUUGAAAUUUGACCACACCAAAAGAUCCAUCUCGCAACCAGCUCCGACACCGGCCAGCGAAGGUCCAUCUUGCAACCCGCUCCGGCACCCGGCCAGCCAGGAUGAACGACCUCAUGACCGACUCCUUCGUCGCGCCACGGCCAAGGCGCAACAGGGCGGCGCGGCCGCGGCCGCCCCCGCCGGCGGCAGCGACGACCCGGAGCUCGGCGCGUUCCUGGUCAAGGCAGACGCCGCAAAGACCGAGAUGGCCGCGCUGCGCGACGAGCUGUCCCAUCUCCGAUCCGCGCACGAGGCGUCCAAGAACGCCGUGGUGGGCGCCGGCGGCAGGUCUCCGCGGACCGCCGGCGCGGAGCAGGAGGAGACCGCGAAGGAGGUGGCGGAGGUGGAGCGCGGCCUCGUGGAGCUCCAGCAGCUGUUCCUGGACAUGGCCGCGCUCGUGGAGGCCCAGGGCGCGCCGCUGGACGACAUCGAGCGGCAGGUGGGCGCGGCGGCCGGCGACGUGGCCGCGGCCGAGGCGGAGCUGCGGGAGGCCCGCCGGCUGCAGGGCGCCGCGCGCCGGAGGCGGGUCUGCCUGGCCGGCGGGAUCGCGGCACUGCUGCUCGUCGGCGUUGCCGUCGCCGUCGUUGUAGCCCUCGUGCUGGCGCGCAGGGGCGGCGGCGGCGGGAAGCUUGUGGUGCAGCUCGCCGCGGCCUUGCCCGCGCGGUGA